AUGGAGGCGCUGCUACUGGGCGCGGGAUUGCUGCUAGGCGCCUACGUGCUUAUCUACUACAACCUAGUGAAGGCCCCGCCGUGCGGCGGCAUCGCCAACUUGCGGGGCCGCACAGCCGUGGUCACUGGCGCCAACAGCGGCAUCGGGAAGAUGACGGCGCUGGAGCUGGCGCGCCGUGGAGCGCGCGUGGUGCUGGCCUGCCGCAGUCGGGAACGGGGUGAGGCGGCCGCUUAUGACCUCCGCCAGGAAAGUGGAAACAAUGAGAUCAUCUUCAUGGCCUUGGACUUGGCCAGUCUGGCCUCUGUGCGAGCUUUUGCCACUGCCUUCCUGAGCUCUGAACCACGGCUAGACAUCCUUAUACACAAUGCUGGCAUCAGUUCCUGUGGCCGGACACGUGAGCCCUUUAACCUGCUGCUGCGGGUGAACCAUGUCGGCCCCUUCCUGCUGACACAACUGCUGCUGUCCCGACUGAAAACAUGUACCCCCAGCCGUGUGGUGGUGGUAUCAUCAGCUGCACACCGGCGUGGGUGCCUGGACUUCACCCGUCUGAACCAUCCUGUGGUUGGCCGGCAGCAGGAACUCCGAGCAUAUGCUGACAGUAAGCUGGCCAACGUAUUAUUUGUCCGGCAACUCGCCACCCAACUUGAAGGCACUGGCAUUACCUGUUACGCAGCCCACCCAGGGCCUGUGAACUCAGAGCUCUUCCUGCGCCAUGUUCCAGGAUGGUUGCGCCCACUUCUGUGCCCACUAGCCUGGCUGGUGCUGCGAGCUCCAAGAGGGGGUGCCCAAACACCUCUGUACUGUGCUCUACAGGAAGGCAUUGAACCCUUCAGUGGGAGAUACUUUGCUAACUGCCAUGUGGAGGAAGUACCCCCAGCUGCCCGAGAUGAUCGGGCAGCCCACCGGCUGUGGGAGGUCAGCAAGAGACUUGCAAGACUGGGGUCUGGGGAGGAAGCUGAAUCCAAUGAAGAUCCCCAGCCUGAGGAUGCAGAGGCCCCAUUUUCUCUGAGGAGUUCCCAGGCUGAGGACCCCGCCGUUUCUGAACCCUACCCUGCUUCUCAGAACUCACCAGACUUGUCUAAGGUCAUACACCGGAGUCAGAUUAAAGCUGAGCCUAAAACCCCAGCCUCCUAA